AUGCAUCUCAGCCUGGUUUGCUUCUGCAUCGCUGCAGGCUUCUCGAGCAUCGCUGCUGGUUUUGGACCUCCGCAGACGUGCUGCAUGAGGCUGUCCGAUGAGAAGGUCCAGCUGAAACACGUUAAGAGCUACAGGAGGCAGGAGAGAGGAAUCUGUCCCGUCACCGCCGUGGUCUUUUACCUCGACAACGAACAAUCCCUCUGCUCUGAUCCCGAAUCCAAAUGGGCCAAAAGAGCCAUGCAGAAAAUAGACAAAGAAACCAAAACCACAGACAAACCUCAGGGUCGCAGACGGAAGGUGAUCCGAAUAAGGAAAAAGAAGCAGAAGAAGGGACCGAAAAAGGGGGCGAAAACAGACAAGAAAAAGACCACAGAGCAACCAGGGGGGUCAUAA